AUGCCCAGAGCUGGCAGGCAGCAGAGCAGCCAGCAGGACCCGAACCCCCAUACACAGAUUCUAAAAGCCCAGCUCUUGGGGGUCAGUGAGCGACUGAGUGCCUGCAUCAUCGUUGCUGGAGGCCCUUCUCAUCAUUUCCAGGCUAUUCCCAGAGUUUGGCGGAUAGGAUAUGAUUUAGAAUCAGAAGGGACCCUGGAAGUCAUCUCACUCAACCCUUUCCUUUUCCAAAUGAGGAAGCUGAGGCUGGGAUCAAGGAUUUUGCCCAAGAUCACACAGCCUUGGGAGAGGCUCUCCUAUGGGAGGGGAGCCUUGAAGAGGGCGCCGCCUCCGCGCCGCGCCGCGCCGCCCACAUCCCGAACAAUAGGCGAAGCCGCAGACAGCGAUUGUUACAAAGUAACUCUCGCUCGGGCUCGGAGAAUUCCCGAGCCUGGCCGUCGUCUGUCCGCCUGGCCGUCGUCCGUCCGCUCCCCCGCCGUCUGUCCGGCGGCGAUCAGACGUGCCGGGAAGGACUCGCGUCCUGCCUGGGCUGCUCCACAGGGGCUGCCCAGGCAGAGCCAGCCUGCCAGCGCCCCGCGCCCCCCGCGCGGGGGGGGGGGGCGCUCGUGUGGCCGUGGGCAUGGCCGAGCCCGCGCUCCCCGCGCGCUGAGCCCGACGUGCCAGGUCGAGCCGCAGGAAGACCGGGAGCGGCUCGGGGCUGCGGCUACGCCCGCCUCCUCCGAGCCCUCGGACCCCAGCCACGCGGAGGAGGAUCCGGGCCGCGGAAACGCCCUGGCACCGGCCGGGAUGGCCCCCGAGCCCGCCCUCGGGGACUGGCACUACCUAGCCGACUGCUUCGCCCGUGACCGCGUGUGCCUCUCCUUCGGCCUGUGGCUGCUGGCUUCCCUGCUCUGGAUCGCCGCCCACGUCUUGUGUUUUUAUUUGGGGUGCUGCAAGAAAUCCAACCGGGACAGGUCUGUGCUGUGUGUGAUUUACCGCUUUGUGGGCAGCCUGAGUGAUGCCUUUGGGGCCCUGCUGUCCAAGCAGCUCCCCAUCCAGGUCUUCACUGGCGUCUACCUGGCGGCCAUUGAGGUGGUCAACCUCAUACUGCUUCUCUUCCCCAUCUGUGGCUCGGAGAUCAAGCCCAAGCUGGGCAGAUGCUCCCGGGAAAGGACGAGGAGGAAACUCCGGGCCAGCAUGUUUGUCCUCCUUGUGCCCCUGGGGGUGGGCACUGGCUGGCUCGCCCUGGCUCCCCCGGCUCCAGCCACCCCGGAAUUCCGUGGAGCGCAGAGAAGGCUUCUGGGAAGUGUCCUGCAGGAGAAUCCAGAAGCCCUUGGCUACCUGCUGGGGGGAGUUGGCCUAAUUGUCUCUUGGACUUCCCGAAUCCCUGCAUUCUCUAAAAUCAACUCCAGCUGGGUCCCUCUCCACGUGCUCCCCCACACCAAGUAUCUGCAGAAGAUGGCGGCCAUUGGCCGUUACGUGGAGCUGACCAUCGAGCACGUGCAAGAGGUAGGCUGCAGCACCACGAGGUUCCCGGGGGACGACCAGACAGGCGCCGGGGACCCAUUCGUCCAAGCCACCCCAUCCCUGCUGGAGCCCCCUGCCUACCCCCCCAUCCGGGUCAUCCACGCCAACGUGUCGUCGACCAGCUCCUCAGAGGCGUCUUCCAUCAGCUCUGAGCUGGAGCAGAAGUAUUGGGAGGCCCUGAACUCGGAGCAGUGGGACUCUGAAGAUGUUCCGUGGAACAAAGGCAGUGUGGAGAUGCCCAGAGCUCCAGCCCAGGAGGGUCCAGGCCGACAAGCCCACCCGACAGCUGCCGCUCAGUGAAGCCUUGGGGCCAGCCCGUCUGCGGGGAGGUGCCGUUAGUGAGCACCGAGUCAGGCUCCCUGGGGGUGCUCCGCACACACUGACUGGGGGUGACCG